UGCGCAUGUUUCUGCUAGGUCAGUUGUUGUUUCGGAGGCGAUCAGCGAACUGAACAGGUAGAGGAUGUUGCGUCUACGUUGCAAGGCCAAGAAUGGGACCCAUCUAAUGCAGGGCCUUACACACCAGUCCUGUGUUCAGGAGCUAAAAGACAAGAUUGAGGAGUUAACAGGAAUACCAUGUGAUGUUCAGAAGAUCAUGGUGGGCUAUCCCCCAUCCAGCCUGGAUCUAUGUGAUGGCGAAGCCCACAUUAAAGAUUAUCCUAUCAAAUCAGGUGAUACACUGAUUGUAGAAGAGGAAAAGAACAAACCCAAACCCCAAACACAAUCUGCUGUGACCAAAGGGCCCAGUCUUGACCUGGGCCCUGUCGUAGUACGCCGCGUUGUUCCUGCCGACAACUCUUGUCUGUUUACAAGUGUGAACUAUGUGAUGGAAGGGGGUUUAUACGACCCAGCCUCCGCCCCUGAAAUGCGAGUGCUCAUUGCACAAAUUGUAGCCAGUGACCCCACUGCCUAUUCAGAGGCAGUACUGGGCAAAACCAAUGAGGACUACUGUGGCUGGAUCCGUCGCGAUGACACCUGGGGCGGUGCCAUCGAGGUCUCUAUACUCUCAAAGUUCUACCAGUGCGAGAUUUGUGUCGUUGACACUCAAACUGUUCGUGUCGACCGAUUCGGUGAGGAUGCGGGUUAUACCAAACGUGUGCUGCUUAUUUACGACGGCAUCCAUUACGACCCGCUCCAAAAGGUGGUGCCUAAUUCAGACGUUCCACCGCAGACUGUGUUCUCCACAACGGAUGACAUCAUUCUGGCCCAGGCGCUAGAAUUAGCGGAUGAGGCACGGAGGAAACGGCAGUACACAGAUGUAAACCGUUUUGCGCUGCGCUGCAUGGUGUGCCAGACUGGCCUGGUGGGGCAGAAGGAAGCAAGGGAGCACGCCAAGGAAACCGGACACACCAAUUUUGGGGAGGUGUGAAACCAUUUGCUUUGUUGUUGAAAUCACCCCCAAAUUUACUACACCACUGCCACGCCACUUGACAUGGUACCCGCUCCUUCACUGCUGCCUGUACCUCUACCUCACAUUGUCUAGCAGCUUCAGGAGACUUAUCGUGGAGAGUUCCACUAUAGAAUUUAGUAUUAUUUGAAGUAGUGUUUUUGAAUCUGUUGCCUGACAUGACAACGAAGCCUUGGUUCAAACCAAAUUUUAAAGGGAUUCUCCACUGAUUUAAGAAAUCCUGUUUGUUAUAUAAAUAAAUGUAUCGUUUCAUGUUGAAGGAAUAGUUCUCAGAAAAAUGGAAAUUCUGUGGCAUAAUAAUUGUUCAUUUUCAACAAACAACUCAUAGUCAUUUAUCUUUUCACAAAUGGAUUUUAAAAUGUUUCAGAAUGUGGCAAGAAUGCUCCAUUAUCUCUAAGUUAAUCAUGGCAUUGUUGUAUUUAUAUCACCCAUGUUAUUAAGGUCAUAUCGCACAGUUAUGAAUCGUGUGAUGGCACUACCUAAAGUCUUAUUUUCACUGGCUCUAUUGUACCUGUUACUUGAUAAUCACAUAGAUCAAAUUUAAGCUAAGACGAGAUGUGUCUGUUUCUGAAUUCUUGAUUCAGUUUUACACACCUUCACAGUGCUAGUAAGAUUUGCAAAAGCAUGGAUUUGACAUUGAUGUGGAUAACAAUGGUGCUGACAGAAGAAUCUCACUUAACUGCUUAGUGAAUUUUUCCUUGAUGGGCACUUAAUGUAACACUAAAAGUGUUAAUUCUUUCUCAAGUGGCAAUUAAAUACUGUAAGGAAGAGUGAUUGUAGUGUAUUUUAAAUAGAGAAAUGUGUCAUAUUUUACAUUUUCUUGCUCUGUGUGCAAAGGCACAUUUAGAGGGGUGAUAUCUGAGUUGUAGGAACACAUUUAGUGUGGCAAAGUAUUAUAGUGUAUUAGUGUGUGGAUGAACUUUAGAAAUAAGAGACUUUGCAAUGUCUGAGGAUAUACAUGUGCCUGUAUUUUCAGUCAGGAACUGUCCUCACGGUUAUUUACUAGUUUCCAGCAUUGUUUUUUUUUUUUUUAAAUGGUGUCAUGGUAAGGCCAAAGGACUUUUUGUUUUAAUUUUUGCAGUGUUUUUUUAAAUUGCUGUAAUCAUUGUUUUUAUCACACCAAGGUAUCUUUGAGUGAGAAACUGCAUGCACAGCACUCACUGCUACACAAUCACUGGUUAUACUGGGUUAAUGAUAAAUAAACUUGAA